AAGUUCAUAGGUAAACACGCCGGUAUAUAAACCCCAUGCAGUGUCAACGAGCACACAUUUGUGCCUGUGAUUGCAUCCAGUCCUUUUGUAUUGAAGUCCCUGCCCUUCAUCCCAUCACAAUGAUCUCUUUAUUCUUUAUACUCCUGGUAGCAGUGACGUAUGCAACGGCACAGGCACAAUCUACCCCUCCAAUCCCGAUAGUUCGCUUCGAAUCAGAUGGACCUAAUCCUGAUGGCUCAUACAAAUGGCUUUAUGAAACAGGCAAUGAAAUCAACGCUGAAGAGUCGGGCUACGUGAAGAACUUCGGCCAGGGUGAAGGCAAAGAGAUACAAACUGCGGAAGGCAAGUUCAGCUAUAAAGCUCCCGACGGCUCGCUCAUAGCACUCACGUACAUCGCUGACGAAAACGGAUUCCAACCACAGGGAGACCACCUGCCGACUCCUCCACCAAUCCCGCCAGCAAUUGCUAAAGCCCUGGAGUACUUGAAGACCCUGCCUCCUGGAAACAACGAAGGCGCUUCAUCUAACAUCAAGCCUCAAUUCCAGGCAGCACCAUUCAAGGCCAGGCCACGGUUUUAAUAGAAUGUUACCACGCGUCUGAUGUUAUGUAUACGAUACUAUAACAUUUUAAAUGAGCGACUUUUGCACAUAAUCGUAAUUAAUAUGUAAAUAUAGUAAAUGUAACGUAAUAUAGAGCAAUAGAGCAACAAAUGAAAUAAUCGUUUGUCACAUAAAUACAGUGGCUGGCGAUAAAUAAUGUACAUCGGCAUUUAGAAAGAGACAAUUUUAGAGUGAUGUUACGAUCCAUUUAUAACGGUUCGGUUAGCAACUCGAAUAGUUUCAGUGGCUCAUUAUCCUAUACAGAUUGUUUACGCAGCGAUUUAAGACUAUUGUUUUUUUUCCAAAAGUCGAUGUGCAAUAUUUAUCGCCAGGUACUGCAGAUGGAAUUGAUAGAGUGUGUUUAAAAAAUUCUCCAGUAAAAGUUCUACCUUUUCAGAAAAUACAAAUUGUUGGUCAGUAACGAAGGUGUAUGGAAUGGAGCUGUAUGUAAUAUGUGACAUAAUUUCUAUGUGAUUCCGAAAUAUUAGACCUAAAACUUUAAUGGGUAUAUUUUUAAAUUGCCUAAAAAGUAUUCUUGUUUAUUUGUUAAUGUUUAAAAGUAGAUUUAAGUAAAUUUUCUUUUAGUAAAGUCACUUUUAUAAUGUAAGAAUAACUGCAAUGUAAUUGAAAUUCAAUAAAGAUAUUGAAUAUAU